AUGUUAAAUUUAUAAUAAUAAUAUGAGUAAAACACAUUGAGUUAAUUAACUACAAAUUCCUCAAAAAUCUUUGAUUACCCUUCUGUAUAUAAUAGAAAUGAGAAGAUAAGAAAAUAUUGUCAUUAAUUGGUAGAUUUAAAUCCUAAAUAAUUCAAGAAAUAUUUCAUAUCAGAAUAAUAUAUAGAUGAAUUAUUGAAUAGAAUGGAUUAUGAAAAAUUACUAAAAUUUCAUUGA